CAUCGCCUCCCGCGCCUCUCAGCAGCGAAGUUUUCUUGCCGUUGCGAGACUACUUUCUGUCUCUGCAUGCAUAAGCGAGCACGCUUCAACUCAUACAAUCAUGAUCGCCAUCAUCAGGAAUGGCACUGAGCCAAGAACGGUCGAAACAGCAGGUGCAGCCGGGAUUACCCAUGGUCCACGGGCGUGCUAGUGUCCUGCCCCAGAGGUCCUUGCGAAGGUGCGAUGCUUUUUUGGCUGCCGAAGAGCUUCUUUCUCUUGGACAGUCCACCUCGUGUCCACACCUGGAUUUCACUUUUUGAUCUUUUGAUCUCUGACGAGAAAAAUUGUUCUUUCUACUCGUACUCUGUAAGACUCUACACUUUUCACUGCCCAUCUUUCAGACACUUGAUACUGUUCAUCUUUUCAGUCUUCGAGACCUCUGCAAUCCUUUCUACACCACUGUCGCGUGUUGAGGCUUCUUGCUGCGAGGUAUCAACUUCUCACCAGGCUCGUCGGCACAAUUCGCCUCCGCCACCAAUCUCGACAUCUCGCUACUGUUGGAGGCGCUGACGACUCUUCCCUCCACCCCUGGCGUCACCCGACGUUCCAUCUCUAAGUCAGUAUCUGCUGCCGAACGAGUUAUAUUAUCUUCUCGGAGCCUUCGGCGAUUGGUAUCAGCUCCGAGUACCAACCAGCUUGGCACGCUCGACCCCGGUACGACACCCCUGCUGUCGCUUGCCGGCAAAUCAACACGGACCUUUCGAACUCGUGGCUCUGUUCAAGCUUUCUCUGGCAUGUCUUGAAUGAUCUUGUCAUCAGCCACUGACUCCCAUUGCUACUCUGACUGGACGCCUCGCCCCAGUUGGUUCGAACCUCAGAUCCGCCUUCUCCGAAUUAUCAAGCUCUUUUAGGCUUUAGGGUGGCUGUUGCUUAGCCGGUCAACCGUCCUACCCCAGCAUCAUCCAAUUGACGGCACGCCUUGGCUGGCGUCAAGAUCGUUUCUUUUUUUUUCUGCAACCCUUGCGAGUGCCUUCUCUUGCGUAAAAAGGCUGCCUCCCGUCCUUCUGGGAUAGGGUUACUCUUCGUCCAUCUGCAGGUCAAUUUUCUCCCUACAAAUCGAUACUCGAGACAAGCCUGAUCACUAUGGCAUCCAACGGCAACGAAGGUGUCUUCGACUAUGGCCCGAACGCUCCACAUGGGCCCGAUGUUACUGGCACACAUCCCAUCGGGAUCGACUAUAGCGACAUCGACAUGACACAAAACGAGAAGGAAGUCUUCAACUUCCUGUUGAAGCCCGACGACAGCUUCGACGAGAAUGGUGUCUACUGGGCUGAUCUCCCUAUCGUGAAGCGCAUCAAGUUCGUUUCAAAGGUCAACCGAACCGAAACCCGCAGAGAGUUCGGUGCCUUCUGGCAAAUGUUCAAGAACGACCCCCUUUCUCCAGUUGGCUUCUACUUCCGCAAUAUGGUUCUGCCUGGUGCUGGUCUUGGUCUUGAAGGUUACGUCUUGUUUUCCAUCGGCAACGUCAAGCCUCUCUUUCAGAAAGCAUUCCCAGCAUGUUGGAGCAAAACCCAGAUCUGCAACGCGACUUGGAUCUAUGCAGUCGAUUACCUGGAAAUUUGUGGCAUCAUUGUCGGCCAGAUCCUGGUUGGCAUCAUCGGUGACUGGCUCGGUCGUCGAUGGGGUUUGAUCCAAGAUGCUACCAUUAUGUUUAUCGGUCUCAUCAUGUUGACUGCAUCAUGGGGAGUUACCCAAAAUGGUUGGGUUAUCUGCUACGCUUGGUCACUCUUCUUCUACGGUAUAGGCGUUGGAGGCGAAUACCCUAUGACUGCCACUUCCGGUAUGGAGAACGCUGUUGGUUCCGGAAAGGUUUCGACCCGCGAGGACCGUCUCCACCGUGGCCGCAAAGUAACCAGCGCCUUCUUGAUGCAAGGUUGGGGUCAAUUCUUUAACCAGGUCAUCCUCAUCCUCCUUCUGCUCAUCUUUCACCACGGCAGCGGAAACGCACCCUACUCCGAGAUUGCUGCUCAAUGGACCUACCGUGUCUCCUUCGCCAUCCCGGCUGUCGGCACUUUGUGGCUGGUUUACUGGCGUACCUUCAAGGUCAAGGCCACUGCUAACAAGCAAUUGAGACUCGCCAAGGCUAGGAGCAGCGUCACUGGCUACGACACCAAGGCUUUGGCAUUGACGUUCCGUUACUUCGGUGGCCGUUUGCUGGCAACUGCUGGCACUUGGUACAUGAAUGAUGUCUUCUUCUAUGGCAACAAGCUGUUCCAGAGCGAAUUCAUCAAAGUCAUCAUGCCAACCAGUACAUCCAUCAUGCCAGGCUGGCUCUACAACUUGAUCAAUGUCGGUGUCUCCCUCUGUGGCUACUACCUCGCCAGUUUCCUUAUCGACAACAAACUGUACGGUCGCAAGCAUAUGCAAUCCGUUGGUUUCCUGCUCGACUUCAUCCUUUUCGUCGUUCCAGCCUUCAACUUCGACUAUUACACCUCACCCGCGCACAUCAAGUCAUUCCAGGCCAUGUAUUUCUUGUCUUCCUUCUUCAAUCAGUUUGGACCGAACUGUGUCACCUUCCUUGUCGCUGCUGAGGUGUAUCCGGUUGCUGUCCGUGCCACAGCCCACGGUUUCUCCGCCGCGUGCGGCAAACUCGGUGCUCUGACGGCUGCUGUCCUCUACAACUACAUCGACACCCAGACAAAGUUUUAUGUCGUGCCAUGGUUUGGCUUGGCAGGCGUGUUCUUGAGUGUUGUGUUCAUGCCAGACACCACUGGCCUUGAUCUCAAGGAGCAAGAACGCCGCUGGGCCUACAUUCGUGCUGGACGCGAGCACGAAUAUCAUGGUAUCGCCAUCCACCCCAAGCACUUGAGCUUGUGGGAGCGCAUCCGCGGUGUUGGCAAGCAUUACGACCCUGACCUUGAUUACAAACAGAGAAUUGAGGAGAUGCGCGGCGAAUGGGAGCUUCGCAUGCAAGAGAAGGCUUCAGAGAAGGCCGAAAUUCAGGAUCUCGACGCGUUCGAUGACGACCAUCCUUCUGAAAUCCAUUCCUAUUUCGCUCGUUCGACCAAGUCUCCUGAUCUCCAAGGUGCCGAGAACGAGAAGAUUCCCCCUAUGGACAAGGCCAAUGGCGGGUCAGAAAACAUCUAGACGACGUGCGGUGUUUGUCUCGAGUGAUGGCAUGUUAAGAGUUGUUCGUGGAUAAAUACGCAAUUUCAACGGCAGCUAAUUAGACUUGGGGUCUUUCGGUACGAGUCUGCAGGCCAUUGCGAGAAAAGCGACUGUUCUUAUGUGAAUCACAAAGGAUUAGCUAGAAAGAGGCAAGUGAAAUGGUUUUGACGGGGCAUACAUUCAAUGAAUCGAGCUGGCGAGCAGAAAAUGGUAUUGAUGCAAGUGUUUCGAUAAAGCCAGGCUAUGUACCAUGCACCAUUGUUUUAGGUAUUUGUUUCUCUCGUUAGAACUGAUGAUAACGGAUAUACAUCUUCUAAUAAACUCAUACAUCCGG